UUCGGUGCCGCGAUGGGAUGGAUGUACUCAUCGCACCGAUGGACUGUGAAAGGGGACUGGGAGAGCGGAGGAGGAGGGUUGGUAUGGGGAAGACGAAGCUGGACUCGGGUUGGUUGGCAGCGAGAUCCUCGGAAGUAGCGGCCACGGGCGUGCAGUUGACGACAACCCAACCUCCGACUGGCCCCUCCGCGCCAUGGAUGGAGGCUGUGGUGCCCGGAACUGUUUUGGGAACGCUGCUAAAGAACAACUUGGUGCCGGAUCCUUUCUAUGGGCUAAACAAUGAAGCAAUAAUUGAUAUUGCCAAUUCCGGGAGGGAAUAUUACACAUUUUGGUUUUUCACAACCUUUGAGUGUAAAAAGACAGCAAAUCAACAUGUACACCUCAACUUCCGUGCAAUUAAUUACUCAGCUGAAGUUUAUUUGAAUGGUCACAAAGAGAUUCUUCCUAAAGGGAUGUUCCGAAGACAUUCACUGAAUAUUACUGAUAUUCUUACUCCUAGUGGGAUAAAUAUGCUUGCUGUCCUUGUUCAUCCUCCUGAUCAUCCUGGUAGCAUACCUCCUCAGGGAGGACAAGGUGGGGAUCAUGAGAUCGGGAAAGAUGUUGCUGCUCACUAUGUUGAAGGUUGGGAUUGGAUGACCCCAAUAAGAGACAGGAACACUGGGAUUUGGGAUGAAGUAUCAGUUCAAGUUACAGGGCCUGUGAAGAUAACUGAUCCACACCUGGUCUCAUCAUUCUUUGAUGGCUUUAAGAGGGCGUAUCUCCAUACUACUGUUGGACUAGAAAACAAAAGUCCAUGGCUUGCAGAGUGUUUAUUGUCUCUGCAGGUUACCACUGAAUUAGAGGGAAACAUCUGCCUGGUCGAGCAUCUUCAAUCUCAUGAGUUACAAAUUCCUCCUGGAACACACAUAGAAUUUACGCUACCUCCGCUCUUCUUCUAUAAACCCAGCCUGUGGUGGCCAAAUGGCAUGGGUAAGCAGUCCUUGUAUGAUGUUGAGAUAACAGUUGAUGUAAAGGGAUCUGGUGAAUCUGAUUCAUGGAACCAUCGUUUUGGAUUCCGUAAAAUCGAGAGCUUUAUUGAUGAUGUUACUGGUGGCAGAUUGUUCAAAGUGAAUGGAGAACCAGUUUUUAUCCGUGGAGGAAACUGGAUAUUGUCUGAUGGGCUAUUACGACUUUCUAAGAAGAGAUACAUGACUGACAUAAAAUUCCACGCUGAUAUGAACUUUAACAUGAUACGCUGUUGGGGUGGUGGAAUAGCUGAGAGGCCAGAAUUUUACCAAUGCUGUGAUAUGUAUGGCUUGCUGGUUUGGCAAGAAUUUUGGAUAACAGGAGAUGUUGAUGGACGAGGUGUACCAAUAUCUAAUCCUGAUGGGCCUUUGGACCAUAACCUUUUUAUUUUAUGUGCAAGAGACACUGUCAAGCUUCUCAGGAACCAUGCUAGCCUGGCUCUUUGGGUUGGUGGCAAUGAACAAAUUCCCCCAAAAGAUAUUAACACAUCUCUAAAAAAUGACUUGAAACUCCAUCCAUUGUUUCAUACUACAGUUGAAGGUUUGUCAGACAACACAAAGGACCCAAGUCAGUAUCUUGAUGGGACACGUGUAUAUAUACAAGGAUCACUAUGGGAUGGUUUUGCAAAUGGAAAGGGUGAUUUUACUGAUGGACCUUAUGAAAUCCAGAACCCUGAAGAUUUCUUUAGGGAUAAUUUCUACCCAUAUGGGUUCAAUCCAGAGGUUGGCUCUGUUGGCAUGCCCGUUGCAGCUACAAUCAGGGCCACAAUGCCUUCAGAAGGAUGGCUAAUACCAUUAUUCAGCAAGGGAUCUGAUGGGUACAUAGAAGAAAUUCCGAACCCUAUAUGGGAGUAUCACAAAUACAUUCCAUAUUCAAAGCCAGGGAAAGUCCAUGAUCAGAUUGAGCUUUAUGGGCGUCCAAAAGGCCUGGAUGAUUUCUGUGACAAGGCACAACUUGUCAAUUAUGUCCAAUAUAGAGCCUUACUGGAGGGUUGGACUUCUCGAAUGUGGACCAAGUACACAGGUGUCCUGAUUUGGAAGACUCAAAAUCCUUGGACAGGCCUCCGAGGUCAGUUCUAUGAUCAUCUUCAUGAUCAGACUGCAGGAUUCUUUGGCUGCCGCUGUGCUGCUGAACCAAUUCAUGUCCAGCUCAAUCUAGCUAGCUACUUUGUAGAGGUCGUGAAUACAACUUCAGCUGGACUUUCAAAUGUGGCAGUAGAAGUUUCAGUUUGGGGCCUGGAUGGAUCUUGUCCAUUCUACAAUGUCACAGAGAAAAUCUUGGUACCACCCAAGAAGGUGGUAGAAGUUGUCAAAAUGAAGUAUCCCAAUUCAAAGAAUGCACAACCAGUGUAUUUUCUUCUUCUCAAACUCUUCAGACUGUCAGAUUUUUCCAUAUUAUCUAGGAACUUUUAUUGGUUGCAUCUGCCUGGCAAAGACUUUAAGUCAUUGGAACUAUAUCGAAAGAAGAGAGUGCCACUAAAGAUUACAUCUGAAGUUCUUAUAUCAGGUCAGACCUACGAAGUAAACAUGCAAUUGAAGAACCUCUCAAAAAGCUCUAGGCGUUUAAUCUGCAACGAAAUGGAUAAUAAUAAGGAAGGUGGUGAGAACUGCAUAAAUUUAGGAAAAUCAAUCAUUGGCUCAGAAGAAAAGGAAAGCAGCAUUCUGAGGAGAAUUUCUAGAGGCCUUGGCUUCUUGAGGUCAGUGGAUACCCUCACCAUGGUUGACAUAAAUGGAAAUGAUUCAGGAGUUGCCUUUUUCCUUCAUUUUUCUGUUCAUGCUGCAAAGAACAACCACGGAACUUCUGGAGUUACACGAAUCCUUCCAGUCCAUUACACCGACAACUAUUUCUCACUUGUUCCUGGUGAAACAAUGAACGUCUCUAUCACUUUUGAGGCUCCUCCUGGAAUCACUCCGCGAGUCACUCUUAGCGGUUGGAACAAUCAUGAAGACCAUGUUAUCGUUUGAUCUUCAGCUGGAGCCUUCUUUUCAGGCCAUGUACUCCAAAACUUUGUAGCACAGAUCUUAGGUUCUUCCCAAGUGAACAUCUUCUGACAAUUAAAUUUGGACGUCUGAUUGUUACUGUUAAUCUCUCUACUUGUACCAUCAUCAUCUGGAAGCAUCAAUAAGGUUUUUGGUUCAAGGGAA